UCUUCCGUCUUCUGGUUGUCUGAUUCCUUUCCUCUCGUUCGUGCUUUCACAUUUUUGCCCGGAUCUCGAUUGAUAGGUGUUGUUUUUUAACCCCAAAUUGGAAAUUUAAAACACUAUUUCACAAAUCGAAACCAUUGUCGAUCGAUUUCUCUCGUCGAGAUCUUUGGAACGAGCUAGGAUUUGCAGAAAACGGCGGCCUGUGACCCCGAACGUAACCCUAGAUCUGGAAAUCUCGGAAACCCUAACCCUAGAGCCGAUCAUCGAUCGCCGGAGCUCCGGUGAGCGCGCCUUUAGUUCUGAUUUUGGCUCUAUGCGCGUGGCCGGAUCCAAUCGGUUCUUUAUAAACCCUGGAGAGGAGGAAACCCUAGACCGGAUGUCGAGGGACGAUGAGAUGUCCGACGGGGGGUCGUCGGAGUCCUUGGAGGAGAUAUCUGCUGAUGCCUUCAAGCGGCGGGAUGACAUCAGGGGAUCGAGAUCUAGGGUUUGGAUGGAGGUCCCGAGGCAGAGGAACUACAGUCCUCAUCUCUACAACUUCGCCUGGGCUCAGGCGGUGCAGAACAAGCCACUGGGGUUCGAGGUCAGCCCCAUGGGGUCGGUGGAGAUCGUCGGCGAUGGGGAGAAGGGUGUAAAGGAGGAUCCUUGCGAUGUGGUGAUUGAAGACAGUAGCGAGAAUGUGGGAGGGGAGAAGGAAGAAGGGGAGUUGGAGGAGGGGGAGAUCGGGUUCGGCUCUGACGUCGUUGCCCCCGUUACUGAUGUUGAUGAAAGCAAUGAGCCUCCACCCGAUGCCGAUGAGAGCAAUGGGAAGGAGGACAUUGAAGUGGAAGUUGAAGAGAUGGGGGAGUUUGAUAAAAGUGUGAGUUUGAUACUUGAAGAGUUGGAUGCUAUAACUGUUGAAGAGGUGGAGAAAUCCUUUGAAGCUUCUUAUUUGCGGUUACUCAAGUGUUUUGAGAGCUUGAAGCAGAUGUCAUCGGAUGAGCAUACACCUGUUGUUGAUGCCUUGGUGCAGCAGGCAUUCAUUUCGAUUCAGACACUGCAUUCUGUGUAUAGUUCGGGGAACUUGAAAAAUAUGGAUCAAGCUGAGAAAUUUCUUGUGAGGUUGUUAAUGCGUAUUAAGAACCAAUAUCAUGUUCUUUUAAACCCUGAGCAAAUGAAGGAGAUUGAUGUUCUGGUGCAAACACUAGUUUUUGAGAACUCAAAUAAAGAGAAAGAGAUGAAAAUGAAUGUUGAUAGGAGUGGAUCUGCUAAGCUAGCUGAAAAACCUGUUUUUGACCAAAGAAAGCCUAGUUUUCCAAAUUUAGAACUUCCCGUGACGCCAAGAAAUAGGGUUUUGGUGGAUCUCCAUGCUAAGUACGAUGAAGGAAGCCUUCCUUCUCCUACACGUGAUAACCCACAGCCAUUGCCUAUGCUACAACCUAUUGGAGUUGGUGUUAGUGUUGGUGCAACUACACCUUCCCAACCAAUAGCUUCAAAGAAUGUGAAUGCUGAUGAUACCUCUGUGCAUCCAUAUUUGACAGAUGCACUUAAAGCUGUUUCUUCUUAUCAGCAGAAGUAUUCCAAAACAACCUUCCUCCAGUCUAACAGGCUCCCAAGCCCAACUCCUUCUGAGGAUGGUAAAAAUAAUGAUGAUGAUACUCGUGGUGAAGUCUCUAGUUCCUCAGUUAGCAGCCAUUCCAAAAGUACGAAUUCUACAAGUUCAUCGCAAGAUAUUGGAUCUAGUAGCAGUAAUGUUUCAAUGAUGAACUUGACUGUGCAGCCAGUAGCUCCUACCAAAACAGUUGUGCAAAUGAGUUGUGCGCCAAAUUCUGUCAUGAAGUCUGCUGCAAAAAGUAGAGAUCCAAGACUGAAAUUUGUUAAUGCUGAGGUUGGUGAUUCUCCAGAUCAAAGCAAACACACCGCUUCCCUUGAGUCUACAGCCCUAAAAAAUGGACCAGUUGGAGCAUUGGUGAACACACGGAAGCACAAAGUACUUGAUGAGCCUUUGUUGGAUGACCAUCACAUGAAAAGGCGAAGAAAUGGUGUUUCAGAUCCAAGAGAUGUGCUGAUGACUUCAGGUAGAGGAGGAUGGUUGGGAAGCAGUAGUUCCAUGUCUGCUCAACCAAACAGCAGGAUUUAUGGAGGUGAAAGUGUAGAUGUUCAGAGGAAACCUGGAAAUGGUGAAAUUGUUUCUGACCGAAGACCAGAUGCCUGCAUGAUAACUAAGGCUUCAAAUAAUGCAAUUGAGUUGAAUUCCAUUUUGAGCACUGCUGCUGCUGUGUCUUUGCCUAAUUUGUUGAAGGGCAUUGCUGUGAAUCCCACAAUGCUUGUGGAACUGCUUAAGAUGGAACAACAGAGAUUAGCAGGAGGAGCUCAACAAAAACCAGCUGAUGCAAUACAAAAUUCUGCUAUUAACAGAACAGCUGCAGUCCCUUCUUUGAGUAUCGCUUCUCUGAAUUCUGCAGAACUUGGACAGAGACAAGCAGGAAAAUCUCAGAUGCCUGCUCAAACAAUUCCCACGAAUAUCCAGACUGACACUUCCAAAAUUCGCAUGAAACCCCGCGACCCUCGGCGUAUCCUUCACAAUAAUUUGGCCCAGGCUGCCUUGGAACAGACAAAAUCAACUGGAAAUUUAUCAACUGAUGGCCUGAUGAACAAGGAUUUACAAAGAGUUGGUGAGCAAGGAGAACAGGCACAGACCACCACUUUGCUCCCACAUUCUACUUCCAGGCCUGAUGUGUUGCAGCAGUUAACCUCAAAUCCCAGGAACAAUGCUGAUAGUAUUCCCAGCUCGCAAACAACCACUCCUCUGCUCACAGUUCUUCCACAAAGCACACCACAACCCAACAUGAACAAGAUAAGUAAGGUUGACAUCAGACCAUCAUCAGCAGAAUCUAAUGAUCAAAAGUCUGGUUCCAUCUCAUCUUCUGACGGUGUAUCUGAUGCUGCACAAGCUUCAAACCCAUGGGGGGAUGUUGAACACCUGCUAGAUGGUUAUGAUGAUCAUCAAAAAGCUGCCAUCCAGAAAGAGAGAGCAAGAAGAAUUGAAGAACAGAACAAGAUGUUUGCCUCCCGGAAAUUAUGUCUUGUUCUUGAUCUAGAUCACACACUCCUAAAUUCAGCUAAGUUUACUGAAGUAGAUCCUAUUCACGACGAGAUAUUGAGAAAGAAAGAGGAGCAAGACAGAGAAAAGGCCCAGAGGCAUCUUUUCCGUCUUCACCAUAUGGGUAUGUGGACCAAGUUGAGGCCAGGAAUCUGGAACUUCUUGGAAAAGGCUAGUAAGCUCUAUGAGUUGCAUCUCUACACUAUGGGAAACAAGUUAUAUGCAACUGAGAUGGCGAAAGUGCUUGACCCCACUGGCACUCUGUUCUCGGGAAGAGUCAUUUCCAGAGGUGAUGAUGGAGAUCCUGUUGAUGGAGAUGAGAGGGCACCCAGAAGCAAGGACCUGGAAGGGGUAUUGGGUAUGGAAUCAGCUGUUGUGAUCAUUGAUGACUCUAUCAGGGUCUGGCCGCAUAACAAACUCAACUUGAUCGUGGUUGAAAGGUAUACAUAUUUCCCCUGCAGCCGACGCCAGUUUGGCCUUCUCGGCCCUUCGCUCCUUGAAAUUGACCACGAUGAGAGGCCAGAGGAUGGCACUCUUGCCUCUUCUUUGGGGGUUAUUGAGAGAAUUCACCAAAACUUUUUCUCCAAUCAUUCCCUAGACAAUGUUGAUGUUAGAAACAUUCUUGCAUCAGAGCAGCGGAAGAUCCUGGCAGGAUGCAGGAUAGUCUUCAGCCGUGUUUUCCCAGUGGGUGAAGCUAAUCCUCAUAUGCAUCCACUCUGGCAGACAGCGGAGCAGUUCGGUGCUUCUUGCACAAAUCAGGUCGACGAUCGUGUCACACAUGUUGUUGCCAAUUCACUAGGAACCGAUAAGGUGAACUGGGCUUUGUCCACUGCAAGAUUUGUUGUACAUCCUGGAUGGGUUGAAGCUUCAGCAUUGUUAUAUCGCCGGGCAAAUGAGCAUGACUUUGCGGUCAAAAUAUAAUUGAAUCAAGAAUCUCGCUCUCCCUACAAGCUUAAAAUCACUUGCUGAAAAAGUUAAUUAAGCUCCCUGAUUAAAUGAAUAUUUACGGUUUUGGUUCACUGCUCCAUUGGCCUUUGGAGAGUGAUCUCUAAAACCCUCAAUUGAAAGAAAUUAACCUCAACCCCACAUUGAGCAAGAUUAAAAGCUCAAAUUUAUGGAAAUUUUUAAUCACACUUAAAAAGAGGGAAAACUUGUAAGGUUGCUUUUAAGGGGAGAAAGCAAGCCAGAAAGAAAGUUUAAAGGCACUGGAUAAGGGGGUUGAAGGAUUUAUAUCACAUUUAUAUCACUGUGAAGGGGUGAGGAGGAAUAAGUCUUUUGUAGAUAAUGCUAAUAUUCUCCAAGAGGAUUAUUCCCCAAGUUUUAAUGAUCAAAGUAAAAUAUUUAGCAUUCUCUAUGUACAUGUAUAUAUUACAUGUUAAUGUGUCAUCUUUUGUUGUGAUCUAUCCUAA